GCGAUUAGUGGUGUUCUUGAGCCUUAGGACCGUAGCCGACAAGUUUACGCUUGCCGAUGAUUUCACCGAGUUUGAAAAUACCCUGUAGGAGUGUAAGGAAUGGCAUCGAGGAUCCUAUGUACCCACGUAUGCCUCUAAACCGAUGACAGCAACUUUUGACCACUGGCCUGAUUCGAAUAACUGAACGUAUGUUUGACGCUGUGCAGCCUUUGCGAAAAUGUUAGACCAGGUGCUGGCAACUUGGGAGAAGGAGCUUGGAGGGGAUAACUUCUCAGCUUGAUAGACUUGCUUGAAGAGUUCCUUUCCGACUUGUGCGUUGUAGAAGACAGGCUCCUUGUAGCUGCCGAGCGCCUUUUCAACGCCACCGCCAACUCUUCUGAGUAUAUUGAGACCCUGAUCAAUAAAUCUUUGAGCCAUUCUGUAUAAGCUGGUGGAUGUUACAGAGGAAAAGUGAAUAUAGAAAAUAAAAUACUACAAGUACAAAUUAGAUUUUUUGUUAUUCAACAAUCCAAUAGCAGAUGGCUUGAAAUUACUAGCUGCUGUCCAGCCAGACUCGUUCGGACUGUCGUCGGUGAGGAUUGAAUUGAGUGCUUCGAGACGUGUCUCCAUCGAGUCUACGGUGCUGUUACCCUCCUCUAGCGUAGAUAAUACAACGUCCCAGUAACGCGUCCUCAACCAAUCAAGUGCGUCUAUCGUCGACUGUGUGAGCACCUUGAGAGACGGCAGGUUGUCGUGCGUAGACGUGUGCCUUAGCUGUACAAAUUUAAGCGGUAGAUCUAUCUGCUUAGCUAGAUCGUGGAUAGAUCUCGCGAAUGAAAAUUGUUGAAGGGGAUCUACGAGGCCGUUGACGAAGCGUAUGAUAGCUAUACUCAUAAGCAACUGUUUUUGGUUCUGACUGAUAUCGCCCUUUGUCGUCAUAUCUAAGCUCUCCAUCAGAGAUAGUGUGGACUCUAUAGAGUGUGGACAGUUUCCUCUGUUGAGCCACAACUUGAGUGUAUUCACAGACUCAUUCCUAUCGCCCGUCUGAAAUAAUCCACUGUAGACUUGUCUGAACUCAUUUUUAUUACACCACGGAGUUGUCCUCAUAUAAAUCUCACGGUCCUUAAUCAAAAUCCAUCAUCAUGGCAGAAUCCACGAAAUCAUCAAAAUCUAAGUUAUUAGCACAGAAGCAAUCUUCUCCAUCUGAGUUAGUUCCUUCCGAUAUUCUGCUCGAUAGAUUCAACGCAUGGAAGACGAUCACAAAGAACUUGAUCGCUUACUUCGAGGGAAUCGCUGAUAUCGAGUCGAACACAGCGAGAGAACUCACAAAGUUGGGUGGCGUUAUACAAGUUCCAUUCAAAGAGGGCUCACAGUUCAUGGGCCAUGGCGGUUUACAAGACAUCUUCUUUGAAGUCCGUGACAAAUCGAGAUCAAUUGCUGACCACCACGCUAACUUGGCAAAAACUAUCGACGGUAGUAUAGUUCAACACCUCCACAAACUACGUGCUGAAAUUAAGGCUCACAUUCGCAACAUCGCCAAUGAUACUUCCAAGUUAGCAACCUCAGUAGCAAGAGAGCGUGAAUACUCCAUGCGUACUGUUUCUGAUCUCCAAAAGGCUAUCACUACGACCAAGAAUACGCCUACAUCCAUCACAGCGAGAGAAGAUCCAUACUUAAUGAACUCACUCGUCGCAAAGCAACUUCAAAAGCAGGUCCAAGAGGAGAAUGCUCUCCAAAAAUCUAUCAUCAUCAUGCAGCAAAACUCUGCUCAGUUUGAAGAAGGUAUCACAUCAAGUUUACAAUCAGCUUGGUCGACAUUCGACGAAUGGCAAUCUAGAAUGUCCUUCGACGUUCAAGAAAGCUGGAAGGGAAUGGGUCAGAUGUUCUCUGCUCUUGAGCCUGAUGCCGAGUGGUUAGCGUUUGCAGACAGAACCGAUCAUCUCCUUGACCCUGAAACCCCACUCCGUCAACAAGAGUUAAUCGACUAUCCAGGAAGAGAUGAUCCAUCGGUCUUGGCAGUUCAUGUCGGCUGGUUGGAGCGCAAGAAGAGGUUCACAAAGUCAUACAAAGAGGGAUUCUAUGUCCUCACACCUGCUGGUUACUUACAUGAGUUUAACACACCAGAUCCAACCAGCCAAUCUACACCUACGCUCUCGCUCUUCUUGCCAAACUGCACUCUUGGUCCUCCAUCUCAUUCAAACACUGCGAAAUCACACAAGUUCCACCUCGAAGCAAACAAGGCUAAUAAAUUCUCCAGAGACCACUCUUACACAUUCAGAGCUAGAUCACAUGAGACUAUGUCCGAAUGGUGGAACGACUUGCGUAUGUUAGUAUCUAGAUACUUGGUUGCAUCAGAAACAAUGGACAGAUCAGGUCCUAUCGCGGCAGCCGUUCGUAGCGCAGGUUACAUUUCUGAAUCUGAAGAAGAAGGUGGAUCGAGUCUCGAAGAAGACGAAGAAGAGGAAGAAGAAGAAGAGACUUUUAGUGAGACCUACGAGAAUCAACCAACCGAAGCCGAGCAAGCACAACUCCAAAAAGCGAAGGAAGAUGAGGAACAAGCUAAAGUUAACCUCGAUCAUGAACCUGAAAGUGAGGAAGAAGAGGAAGAAGAAGAGGGUGAAGAGGAAGAGGAAGCCGCACCUGCUUAUAGUUCACCUAGAGAAUCAUCUGGUAUCCAAAUUGGUAAAGAUGGAUAUGCAGUUGAUAAGAAACCAAGUAUUAAAGUUGGUAGAAAGUCCUCAAAGCGUUCUUCAAAGGGUAACAAACCGGCUAAAUUGGUAACAGGCGAUCUUGACAAGAAGGAGUCAGCAGAACCAGAUACAGGUGGUAGCCCAGGUUUAUUAAAUAAGUUCAAGGAAGCUUUCGUUAAAUCAACCGACCACUCAGCUGAGCCGCAAGCUGAGAAGGUUGAUGUUGCAGCUCCAACGCAAACUGCUACUGCUGCUUAAUCUUAAUAUUACAAAGAUAAUAUAAAUAAAAUGGGAUACUAUUAAUGCUUAUUAAUUACGACUUUUAUGACCUUACGAUUCUUGGAUUGGAUCUUUUUUUAUUGUUUAAACCAUCUUCUAAUGAAUAUCUUUCUCUUCUUUUCUA